AUGGAUCCUGCGGCGGCGAAGUCGGCGGAAGCGCCGCCCGAUCCUCCCCUCGGAUCGAAGCCUCCCCCAAAAAAGAACAAUAUACCAGUAGGCGGAGGUGUAGCUCGUGAUAAGAACAUCCAGCAUGAUAGUCAAAACCUGCAACAACCUCCGAAAAUCGGAUCUCGCUCAGCAAAGGUUGUAAAUCAAGGAAUACAACUGAGAGAUAACAUACUUUCUUCCAAGGAUAACAAGGAUGUAGAGAAAGAGAUGCAGAACAAAAAUCAAACCAAAAAUGAUGACCUUCUAGAUCAGUUUGAUCAGUUUGUUGUCCAUGCCGAGAUGGAAAAAAGGAAGAAGGUUGCCUUAGAAUUGCAGUCUCCACAAGUUCUUAAGGAUACAUGCAAUCAGAUUGUGCCUUUCGAAGAUGGAAAAAUGUUGGGGCCAAAUAUUGACCAGAGUAUUGUUCUUGAAGGAGAUAAAUUUUUGCAUGAAGUUGUUCCUUUGGCGACAAAAGAUCCAGAGAAGGAACAAAAUGCAGAGACUGGAAAUUUUGCUAUCAAUGACACAACCAUAAUGAAAGCACCAGAAGCAGUACUGAAAUUCCUAUCUCGUGACGAAGAAGAUAAAAACAUCGAAGAGGACGAAAGUGAUGAUGAUGAUGCUUCUAAGCAAUUGGCCAAAAUACUCCCAGAUGGUGAAAGCGAUGAAGACAUAUCAGAAUUUGAAGACUCUUCAAACACAUUCAUUCCCACUGGAGAAGAACUUAGUGAAGAGAGGCCACCAGAAAUUGGAAUGCUCUUUGAUACAUUGGAAGCGUCCCAGCGGUUUCUCAAUAUUUAUGGCUACUUGCAUGGAUAUGGUGUGGUCAAAGGUCGGAACUACAAGAACAAGAAGAUCACUUUCCAGUGCUGCUUAGCAAGGAAAACGCAUGCUCCCAAUCUUACACAGAGGAAAAGGAAGAGGUCAGUAGUACAAAGAACACAGUGCCCCAUGAAUGUUACAGUACAAUUGCAAAAUGGACAAUGGAGAUUCAUAUCAGUCAAUCUUGAACACAACCAUGACUGUCUGAACACACCAUCUUUGACUAAGUUCUUUUCAAACCACCGGAACAUGUCAGAGGAAGAUAAGAACUUGUCAAUGAUACUUCAAGACUGCAGGGUUCCUCCGCGAAGAAUAAUGAGCAUAUUCCGUCGCUUGAAAGGAAGCAGGAAAGUUCUUUCAUUCAACAAGAAGAAAAUACAGAACCUCAAACGGAAGGAGAAGAGAGAUAAGAACACUGAUAUUGCAAAUGCACUCAAGUUUGUCGAGAAGCUACAGGCAAAAAACCAAGGAAUUGUGAUGAAGAUGGAUACUGAUGACGACAACACAGUCCAAAGCAUUCUGUGGACUGAUGCUCGCUCCAAAAUGGAUUAUUCUCUGUAUGGCGAUUUCCUUUCAUUUGAUACCACCUUCUCCACAAACAAAUAUAACAUGCCAUUUGCCCCAUUCAUUGGCAUCAACGGCCAAGGACGAACAAUUGUUUUCGCAUGGGCACUGCUAAAAGAUCAAACAGCAGAAACUUUCAAAUGGGCUCUGGAAACAUUUUUGGACGUCAUGGACGGAAAGAAACCAUCGAUUAUCAUGACUGAUCAGGACAAGGCAAUUAAAUCUGCAAUAGAUGAUGUUCUGUUUUCAAUAUGGCACAGAUUUUGUUUAUGGCAUAUCAUGAACAAUUGUUCAGAUAAAAUGGGAGGUUUCAUGGCUGCUAGGGAAGGGAUGGAAGAUGAGAUGAGGAAUAUAAUCAUGGACUCCCUUACAAUUGAAGAAUUUGAAAGCAAGUGGAAUGCCAUGAUUGAGAAGUACGAUGCAGCCAGUAGCAAACAUUUGCCCUUAAUGUGGAAAUGCAGAUCACAGUGGGUACCUGUGUACUUCCGAAAAGUUUUCUGCCCUUUCAUCCGUACAACAGGUCGCAGCGAAGGGAUGAAUUCCAUAUUCAAGGAUUACGUGAAGCGCAAGGACACACUAGAAACAUUCCUUGUCCAGUACGAGUUGUUUCAAGAAACAAUCAUUGAAGCGGAAAAUGAUGACAUAUUUGUAUCGAUUGGUCUCGAGCCAAUAUAUUGGGGCCACAACCUUGUCGAGAAACAUGCUGGAAAGAUCUACACUCGGGGAAUUUUCUUCAAGUUCCAAGAUGAAAUGCACAAUUCAACUGCCUUUGGAGUUGAAGUAAUAGAAGAAAACAAAAUUUAUAACCUGAAGAAGAAUUUCAGCUACAAAGGGCAAGAAUUCCAUCAGCAGUCUUUCCGUGUAGAAGUUGACAGAACAAAAGAGUUGUUUGAUUGCAUCUGUGGGAAGUUUGAACGAGAUGGCAUACUGUGCUGUCAUGUUUUACGACUCUUCACACAGUUUGACAUAAAUCAAAUCCCAGAUCAUUACAUCAACAAGCGAUGGACCAAAGAAUAUAGAGAAACUGAAUUACUCAAACACAAGAAAAGAAUGAUUGAUGAAGGCGCAGGUAGUGAAAGCUCACAGGUAUCAAUGAGGUAUGCAAUUGUAAUGAACAAGGUGUCAGACUUGUGUGCAGAAGUAUGCAAAGAUGCCAACAGCAGCAAAGAGUUCUUGGAGGAGAUACAAAAACUUCAAGAGAAAUACACAUUGAAGCAUAAAACACAACCUGCACAAGGAGCUCCGCCUCAUCAGGAACCACUGAAAGAUCCGCCAAUAAGAAGCAACAAAUCAGUAGACAAAGGUGAUAGACUGAAAAGGCAAUCAGAAAAGAAGACAAACAAGAAGAAAGCAAAAAAAAAAGAAUGCUGA